AUGGCUACAGGGAAGUUGGUUGUUUUAAUGAUGAUAAUGGUGGCAUUAAUUGUUGAAGGCUCGAGGGCAAUAACCUUGUGUGACAUGAACGAUGACGGUCUGGAGGCCUGCAAGCCAUCUGUGACCCAGCCGAACCCAGUUGACCCAUCACCUGAGUGCUGCGAGGCUCUGAAGGGGGCUAACUUGACGUGCUUGUGUGGUUAUAAAAAUUCAUUGUUGCUGCCUUCUAUUGGGAUUGAUCCAGCGCUUGCUUUGGCUCUACCUCCAAAGUGCAAGCUUGAAAUGCCUCCUGAUUGUUAA